GCCGCGAGCUCAAGAAGCUGAAGGAUCAAGAGCACGAGCAGCUCAUGGAGGCGGCCCGUUUGGAGUCCGAACGGCGGGAGAAGGAGCAAGCGGAGUUCGACAAGCUGAAGCAGAAAUACGAGAAGCUCUACCCGAAGCUGGUCGAGAAUGAGGCACUGAAAGCCAUUCUGGACGGCAAAGUCCUGUCCGGAGAGUUUCUGAAGCCAACUGAUCCUGCGUUUGAGUUGGAGGUGGCCCCCCACGGCCGCCACGUGCAGCUACUUGCCGACCUUAUGGCCCUCCUGGGUCUGGAGAUCGCCACAGACCACGAUGGCGCCGCGGAGUUGGAG